UCGCCAUAUUGCAUGCAUUUACUAGCCACCUAGCUAGCUAGCCAACAUCCCCAUAUAGGCAAAACAACAACGUUGCAGUGUUAGUGCAUAUUGAGCGCAGUUCAGUUCCUUUGCUCGUAAAGAACUUCUCCAUAAAGGUAUAGGACCUUUAGUGCUUAAGGGUUAGCGACUUUUCUUUUGCGCUAACGCUGGAGCUAUCUAGAAUAUUUUAAGGUCUGAAAUGGGGCACUCAAGGAGCCGCAGCUCGUCCCGGUCAAAACGCUCCAAAAGCACCAAGCACAGCAAGAAGCACAGCAGCCGCUCGCAGUCGCGACCCAGAGACCGGGACAGAGUCAAGAAGCGCUCGGCAUCCAAAGAGACCAAGCGGAGUCGGCGGCGGGACUCUCGGUCUCGGUCCAGGUCCAACACUGCUUCGUCCCGCAGGGACAGAGCCUCGUCUCCGGAGAGAGUGGACAUCUUCGGGCGGACGCUGAGCAAACGCAGCGCCGUAGACGAGAAGCAGAAAAAAGAAGAAGAAGAGAAGAAAGCCGAGAUUGAAAGACAGAGGAAGAUCCGGCAGCAGGAGAUCGAGGAGCGUCUGAUCGAGGAGGAGACUGCGCGGCGGGUGGAGGAUAUGGUGGCGCGGCGGGUGGAGGAGGAGCUGGAGAAGCGUCGGGACGAGAUAGAGCGGGAGGUGCUGUGGCGGGUGGAGGAGGCCAAGCGCGCCAUGGAGUCGCAGCUGCUCCAGGAGCUGGAGAGGCAGAGGCAGGCGGAGCUCAGCGCGCAGAAAGCCCGCGAGGAGGAAGAAAAAUCCAAACGGGAAGAGCUGGAGAAAAUUCUAGAAGAAAACAACAGAAAGAUUGCAGAAGCUCAGGCUAAGCUGGCUGAAGAGCAGCUGCGCAUAGUGGAGGAACAGCGUAAGAUCCAUGAGGAGCGUCUGAAGCUGGAGCAGGACAGGCAGAAGCAGCAGAGGGAAGAGCAGAAGAUCAUUCUGGGGAAGGGCAAGUCCCGGCCACGCCUCUCCUUCACACUCAAAGCCACGGACUGAUCCCUCGCUCUCUUUCUCCCUCUCUCUCACGCUCUCCCUCUACCCUAUAUUCCACUCCCCCCCCUCCCUCCCUCUCACGCCUUCUCUCACUUUCUCCAUCCUUCUCUCUCUCUCGCUCUCUCUCUCGCUCUCACUCCGUACCCCCGCAUCUAUGGAAGAUAGCUUCAUGUUGAAGUGAAUCAUGGGGAAACUCUGAGAGGACCGUCCUGCCCCUCGAAAUCUCUCUUCUGGGUCUGGACAAACUCUGCCAUGCUCCCAAACCCCCCAACCCUCCCACCCCGCCCCGUUGAGGAGAGUCUCAAUCCUACACGCUUGAACUUUCCCGCCGUCUCAACAGACUGGCUGUUUUACUAGGAUUUGUGUGUGUGUGUGUGUGUGUGUGUUUGUGUUUUUUUUGUUGUUGUUCAUUUCUGUUACUGCUGUAUAGCUGGCUUUCUCUCCCAAGAUUUUGGGGCCAUUUAUUUGUUUUUUACUGAAAAGCAAAGGACUUGGAUUUGUUGCGUGUGUGCGUGCGGUCUUAGAAUUUACAUAAGGGCGCUCCCAUGAUUGUGGAGGUUCAUGCAGUUCGACGAAUUUAAAACAAUCCAUCCAUUUAUUAUUUCUGUAAGGGGAAUCAAAAUAUGGGUUGUUGAAGAAGGGGUUAUUGUUUCUAAUGAAAGAAGGUGGGGGUGUGUGUGUGUGUGUGUGUUUGCUUGUGUGUGUGCAGGCGUGUGCGUUUGUGUUUGCAUGUACAGAUGUGGUUGUGGUACGUGAUCACUUUUUUUCUGACACCUCAAUCCAUGAGGAAAUGCUAAAUUACCCAUGCUACAUUUGUUCAUUUUUACCAAGAAAUCAUGUAACAUCACAAUAUGUCCUAUUUGAUCUUUCACUGCACACAGCUUCCUCCUGACUAUAAUAGUGGAAGGUGUCUGUAAACAGUGCUUCAUAUUCACCAGGCUAAUCUGCACUUGAUUAGACAGUAUAGGGCAAAUGACGGAUGUAUGUCAGCUGUUUGGUUUUGUACGUAAAGGAAAUCGGGAGACGCAGGUAAGAUUGUUUAAGGUGUGUGUGUGUGUGUGUGUGUGUGUGUGUGUGUGUGUGUGUGUGUGUGUGUGUGUGUGUGUGUGUGUGUGUGUGUGUGCGCAUGCAUGCGUAUGUUAAGUGGUAUACUGUGGUCAAAUUCCCCUUGUAUAUUGGAACUGAGCCGUUCAUUAAUAAAUCCUUUGAUUAUGACAAUAUUUGGGGAAAUGUUUUGUCUUCAGCUCUCCGUUAAAUACAGUUACUAAUGAAAAUCACAUUGGAAUUUUCCCCUUACCCCCAAAAUAAUUGAUCACUCAUGUUCAGUAUCCAGUGUUGGCUUCUUUAAUGAACAUGUAAACUGUGGCAAUCUUUUUUUUUUUUUGUUUUUUUUUUUUGUUGUUGUUGCCAUUUUGCGUUUUGUGAACCGUCGUCGCAUAUGUACUGACUUUGUAAAAAAUCACAUCUUAAAUGUGCCCCUUUUGUCCAUUUUUAAUGAAUGUAUGCUGUACAGAAUCCAGUUAGUCUGUUUGAGAUGCUGAACUCAGCCGUUUGAGGGGAUUUCUGCAUGUUGAUUGGUGAGCAUAAAGUUCUCUUAGUCGUUAGUACGUUAGUCCUGCAGCUCAGAAGUGUAAAACCGAAGAAUUAAAUUUGGACACGAAACAUAUUUUUUCGGAAGGUAUUGUACAGUAAAUGUUUUUGGAGUUAUUCUAUUUAUUAAAAAAAAACGUGUAGGAUA